UUGUGGUGAGAGGGUUUCAUGCUGCAGUGGUGGAGGAAAAGUCCCAAACUUGUGCCCAUGUGUUGACAGCUCCACGCAGAAGAAUGUAGCCCUGGAAAUAUAAUUAUCUUCUCUGUUCAUUUGCUGUCAUAUAUCUGCCAGUUUGAUUUGACGGAACGAGUUGAUAGCGAGGUACAUCAAACUUCGCACGGGGAAGACACGGACCAGGAAGCAGGGAAUGAGCUGCAUAAUUCUCAAGAAACUGUGAAAUAUCGACAUUUUGAGUAUCCAGUCACAUCCAGGUUCUUGCCCGACGGAAGGCCAGGGAGAUCCAGGUGAAGCUCAAGGUACGCUACGACCAGGCUGCCAAAGACAAAGCCCUCCAGAGCAUGGCCACCAUGUCCUCUGCUCAGAUCAUCUCACCCACAGCCUUCCAGAACAAGAUGGCUCUUCAGGGACUCUCCAGACCAGCUUAUCCUACUGCUGGUGGAUUCUGGCAUGGGACUCUUCCUGCUCAGACAGGAGGUCAUGAGGACAUUAAGCCCUUCUCCCAGCAGAGUUAUGCCAUGCAGGCGUCAGGCCCGACCCCGAUAACAGGUUAUGAAAGCACAGCAGGACUGUCCAUGUCUCCCGGCGCCCCCCCUUGGCAAGGCAGAAGUAUUGCCAGCUCCAAACUGCGGAUGCUGGAGUUUUCCGCCUUCCUGGAGCAACCUCAGGACUCGGAGACUUUCAACAAGCACUUGUUUGUGCACAUCGGACAGUCCAACCCGAGCUACAGCGACGCCUAUCUGGAGUCCGUGGACAUCCGGCAGAUCUACGACAAGUUCCCCGAGAAGAAAGGGGGCCUGAAAGAGCUGUUUGACAAAGGGCCACACAACGCUUUCUUUCUCGUCAAAUUCUGGGCGGACCUCAGCGUAAACCUGCAGGAUGACAGCAGCUUCUACGGCGUUUCCAGCCAGUAUGAAAGCUCUGAGAACAUGACUAUCACCUCGUCCACCAAGGUCUGCUCUUUUGGGAAGCAGGUGGUGGAGAAGGUGGAGACGGAGUACGCUCGCUUUGAGAAUGGACGAUACGUGUUUCGGAUCCACCGAUCCCCGCUGUGUGAAUACAUGAUCAAUUUCAUCCACAAGCUCAAACACCUGCCUGAGAAAUACAUGAUGAACAGCGUACUGGAAAACUUCACUAUCCUACAGGUGGUGACAAACACGGAGACCCUUGAGACCCUGCUGUGCAUAGCUUACGUCUUUGAAGUGUCCACCAGCGAGCACGGCGCACAGCAUCAUAUUUACAGGCUAGUCAAAGACUGACAAGAGUCGCACUGUUGGAACUUGCCAACUCUUAGACCCUUUUGUAGUGAGAGUUAAGCAACAACAACGCACCAAAAAAAACAAAAAAACAACAACAACUAAAGACUGCAGAGCUUAUAGCUGGAAUCUGACAAGUUGGUUGGGAACUCUGAGAAACACUGGCUGCGUCAGCGUGCGCAGGAACACUACUACUGCUGAAGAAGAUGAACUGCGGAAGCUGAAAGGCUCUGAAAAAGUGAGAAGGAGGACCAUCCGACACUGUGGUCUUGAUACCAAAGGAGCCAAACACAGCCAACAGAAGCUGCAUGAGAGAGUUGACGUUGGUGGUGUCCUUCAUCGUGUUUAACUAGAGCUUGUUUUAAAUGUAGAUUCUUUUACCGACAUGCAUGUGGAGGGGGUGUCGAGUUGGACUGCCUCAGGGUGCCGUCUAGUGACUUGAAUUAAUAUUGCAAAAAAGAAAAAGAAAAUUCUCGAUCCCUCUUUUUGCACAUCCAUGGAUUAUAACUGAUGAUGCCAAUACUUUGCAGCAUUUCAGUGAUUAUGUACAGAAUCGCAUUCAUCUCUUCUUGACAAAGUUAGGAUGAGCUGAAAAGUGUCGUAUUCACUUUGGCGUCGAUUGUCGAAUGCAUCUUGUAUUGUCUUCUUGUCCUUGAUUGACAACAGUCUGACUCCGACUGAAGGCAAAUGUAACACUGCUAACCUGAACUAAAUGGGAUCUGUAAGCUGAAGUUGUCUGCAUAUGUAAGUUGGCCUGUCAGAUUGAAAAACACGUGUUUCACACACAACUCCUUCUGUUGCUGGGUUUUGGUAAAGUGUGGUAUGAAUCUAAUGACAUAUAAUUAAAGGCAGGAUUUCUCCUGGUGAAACUACAA